AUGAGAUAUUUAUUUGUUUUCUUUGUUUUUUUUUCUAUCAAAUUUAUUCUAAGAGUAAAACCAUCCAAAGCAGUAACUCUGUGUUGUUAUUCGCUUAUAUCACUUAGAACGUUUAAACGUCGUAUACCGUUCUUGCUCCCGAGCAUUAAGAGACAGACAAGUUUUUCGCUCGAAAGGGGGAGAGCAAAAUUAGCUGCAAAGUUAGGCUCAAAGUUAGGUCGCUCUUCUUUAAAUAAUCUGAAAAAUAGUAAUUUAUACUUUUAUGUAAUAAAUAGAACACAAAUUCCAAAUGUGCAUACAAAAGUGAAAAGGGGUAAAGCGGCGAGGCCCCUAAACAAGUCAUAUCAAGUAGCGGGUGGAGUAGCGGAUGAAGUAGCGGAUUGUACAGAGGAUGGUGUAGCUAACUGUUCAGGAAACCAUACCUUGAAAGGCCAGCAAAACAAUUCGAUAAAAAGCUCGCUUCUUAAAAGUGGAAGGAACAAUUCUAUUAAUGAGGAAAGUUAUAACCAUGUUGAAAAUGUAGUGCAGUAUAUAGCAGAAAGGGAUGGGGAAGAUGAAAAAAUUUUUUUUAUUAGUACUCCAGUUUAUUAUGGAAAUGAUGAGCCGCACAUCGGACAUGCAUAUUGCAAUGUUUUAAGUGAUAUAAUAAAGAGAUUUAUGGAAGUAGGAUAUAAUAAGAAUAAAAGAAAAGUAAUCUUUUUUUCUGGAAUGGAUGAACAUGGAUUAAAAAUAGAAUUAAAAUCAAAGAAGAUGAAUAUUAGUAGUAAUAUACACAUUGAUAAUAUUUGUAGUUAUUAUAAAAGGAUGAAUGAAGAACUAAAUGUAAAAGUUAACUUAUUUCAAAGAACAAGUAAUACUUUUCAUAAGUCAUUUGUACAAAAUGUUUGGUCAUAUUUACUAAAUAACAAUUAUAUAUAUAAAGACGUAUAUAAAGGGUAUUAUGAUGUAAAUGAAGAGAGAUAUCUGAACGAGUUUGAAUAUAAGGAAGAAAAAAAAAUAAUCGAAAAAAAUCAGAAAAACAGAAAAAAUGAAAAAAAUAAAGAAAGCCAAAAAUACGAAAAAAACGGAAACAACAAAAAACAUAACAUUAUAUACAUUGAAGAACAAAACAGUUAUUUUUUUAAUAUACUCAAAUUUAAAGAUUUCUUAAUAGAUUUUUAUGAAAAAAAUAAAGAGUAUAUUUUCCCGUGUUAUUUACAAAAAGAAAUUAUGUAUUCUUUAAAAAAUGAUUUGAAGAAUAUCUGUAUAAGUAGAUACAACACAGAAUGGGGAAUAAAGAUCCCAGGGGAAGAAAAAGGAUCUAUAUAUGUAUGGUUUGAUGCUUUACUAUCUUAUGUGUCAGCUAUAUUAUAUAUAGUUAAAAGGUAUAGUAACAAUAUGCAACGUCGUGGAAUCGCAAAUACGUUUGACACUAUUGUCGAUCCAGUAUUACCUGGGUCCUCUUCAAACAAGGAUGAGAAGCGUGUGCGGGAGUACGAUUUUUUAUGUUCCUAUGAGGACAUUCUGGAAAUGGUCAGCAUGAAUGGAGCUGUCUGUGGAAGCGGCGAUAGCAAUAAUGACAGUAACAGAGGCAGUAACAGAGGCAGUGACAGAUGCAGUGACAGAUGCAGUGACAGAUGCAGUGACAGAUGCAGUGACAGAUGCAGUGACAGAUGCAGUGACAGAGGCAGUGACAGAGGCAGUGACAGAUGCAGUGACAGAGGCAGUGACAGAUGCAGUGACAUCGGUAACAUGGCGGUGUCUAAACUGUUUGCGCGUGCGUGGAAUCCCCAUGUACAGAUAAUAGGAAGGGACAUACUAAAAUUUCAUGGAGUAUUUUACCUUUGUUUAUUGAAAAGCUUGAAUUUAAAACUGCCUGACAAAAUAGUAUGUCAUGGAUUAAUAAAAAAUGAGAAUAUAAAAAUGUCAAAAAGUUUAAAUAAUGUUAUAAGCCCAUUUACACUUUUAAAAAGGUAUAAUACUGAUAUAUUAAGACUAUAUUUUAUAGGUAGUGGAAAUAUAUAUGAAGACAAAAAUUUUAAAGAAAAAAAUGUGUUAACAUUUGAGCUUUUUCUUCGUAAUAAUGUAGGUAACUUAUUAUACCGAGUUGUAUCAUUAUGUCUUGAAAAUAAAUAUGAAAUAAUUAAAGAAAUAAAAAAAGAGGAUUAUUAUAAUUCUUCUAUUUUAAAUGAAUGUAGAAAUAUGAAAAAAAAAUUAGUUAAAUGGAUAAAUAGUAUGGAAUACCCUCUCUUUUUAGAAAAUUUGAUGAUACUAAUAAAAAGUGUUAAUAAAUACUUUGUGCAUAAGGAACCUUGGAAUUGUACUCAUAAUUCGGACAAAUUUAAUGCUAUAAUAUAUGAAACAUUGGAGUGUAUAAAAUUCAUUUCUGUGUUUAUGUAUGCCAUUAUACCACACACGUGUCUGACUAUUUUAAAAAACUUAGGUUUACAAAAUGUUCGUGAGGACACGAUUUCCUUGUGCAUGAUGAAUGAGAUGACCAAAAAAUUUAUUAUAAAGAAGUUGAUCAAAAUUGUGUAA